CCAGAUGCGAUCAGUUGGACUCGCAACGAGCAGCUGUUAAGAUCGCUCCCCAAAAAGAAAGUCAAGCUAAGAAAAGAAAGAUGAGACCAUAUCAGGUUGCCUGCAUCGUAGUGGCAAGUUUGCUGCUUCUGCAACCAGCCUCCAUUGAGGCAAAGCGUCGCAAGCACAAGGGCAACGAUCAUCACAACUCGCACAGAUCGAAGACAAAGACCAAAUGGUCCACCUCAUCGGAUCUGAGCGGUCCCAACUCUCAGGUGUCCACCGAGGAGCAUGGCUACUAUGUGAAGCGCACCUUCUCCCCACUCGCCGCCAAGGAAGGUAAGACUCGCCAGAGUCCUCCAUACUUGGCCAUUCCCAUUGCCUGGUUCAGCUGUGAAGCGGGCAAAGCCGGUUGCCAACAGCUCAGCAACUCGGGCAGCAUCAAUAGUCCAGCUCAUGCCUUGAGCGAGGGUUAUUUGUGCGACGAUGAUUGUGCGGAAGAGCUCUAUGAACCCAUCUGUGGCAAGACACCCAACGAAAUUGCUGUGUUCUACAACAAAUGCAAGCUGAAUGUGGCCAAGUGUCGCACUCAUGGUUUGUGGACAGAACUUCCUUACGAGGAGUGCCAGAAAACGUAUCCCAAGGAAACUGCAUAUACCGAGAAGAAGUUCAGAUGUUCCCCUUACUUCCGUGAUGCUGCCACAGUUGCUGCCGAGGCUGAGAAGGAGAAAGAGAAGGACAAGGAGAGCAAUGAGAGCAGCGAGGAGCAAAAGGAAGACAAGAAGAAGCACAAGCAGAAAGUGGAGAAAGUCGAACCAAUUGCCUUGCCUCUAGAAGUUAAGCCAGUCACUAUGCCAGUGCCCAUCCCCGUGGCUGUGCCUGUUCCCAACCUCGGAGCUGUCCCUGUUCUUUUGGCUCCUGAAGCUGUUGCCCUGCCCCCGAUUCCAGAGAAGAAAAAAGCUGAAACUCUGGCACAGAUCGUUACAAAGCCCCUAGCUAUCCAAAAUCAGGCAAUCAAGGCUCCAGUUGCAGCGGUUGCAAAGCCUUUGGAAUCCGAAAAGGAUAAACUCAAAUAUGUGGUAUCUUAAACUUACGUUUUAGGCUAAUUAUUUAUUUAUUUAUUUAACAUCAAAACAAGCUCACAAUAAAAGAAAAAACAAAAAAAAAAAGU